GGUGAAACAGAGGGGCGGGGCCCAGGACGGGGCGGGGCUAAGGGGGCGGGACCGGGCAGUUUCUGGCGGCAAGGCUGUUUGUUACUCGCGCAGGUCUGGUGGAUCCUGCCUGGCAGCUGCAGGGCGGACUCAAGAGCUCGAGGCAAGGGCUCCUUUCGCUUCCCGCGGCCAUGGAGCGGCUGACGUUGCCUCCUGGUGGUGCGGAGGCAGUGGACGAGUACUUGGAGUACCGGAGAAUUGUUGGUGAGGAUGAUGGAGGGAAACUUUUUACUCCUGAAGAAUAUGAAGAAUACAAGAAAAAAGUUUUACCCAUGCGUUUACAGAACAGAUUAUUUGUGAGUUGGCGGUCACCAACAGGAAUGGAUUGCAAACUUGUUGGCCCGGAGACAUUGUGUUUUUGUACCCAUAGGUAUAAACAGCACAAAACUGACUUUGAAACGAUCCCACAGCAGCGUCCCAUUGCCCUGCCGUGCCGAGUGAGUGGUUGCCGGUGCAAGGCUUACCACUAUGUCCCUCUGAAUGGUACCCAGCCUAUUCGCUGCAGGUGCAAGCACUUUGCUGAUCAGCACAGUGCCGCUCUUGGCUUCACAUGCAAUGCCUGCUCCAAGUGCUCGGGCUUCCACAGCUGCUACACUUGUGCCUGUGGCCAGCCGGCAUAUGCCCACGACACAGUGGUGGAAACACGGCAAGAAAGGCUGGCUCAGGGAAAACCGGUAGGACGGGAUGUUCCUUAUGCGGCAAUGGGAGGUUUAACUGGUUUCAGCUCCCUGGCAGAAGGCUACAUGCGCUUAGAUGACAGUGGCAUCGGUGCACCCUCGGUUGAAGUUUUGGACUCUGCGGUUUCGGCCAUGGACCAUCCGUUCCUAAGAGCCAUGCACGCACCAUCUACUUCUUCUCCACAGCCACUAGCAGGCGGUAAUGAAGUAGGUCCAAGCACUCAGCUUUCUUCCUUAAGGAAACCUGAAGAGGAUGAUAUGGCAUACUUUGAAAGACAGUACCAGGAGAGGAUAAAGCUGGAAAAGGCUGCUAAGCAGAAAGGAAAAGUGCCACCGCUGCCGAGCACAAAGCCAUCGUGAAGUCUGGUGAACAGAUCGAGCCGUCAUCCAGAUGCAUCUUCUAUUUAUUUAUUUUCUCCCAAUAUAUAUACUUUCUAAUUGUGUAAAUAUGUCCUUUUGAAUUGGCUUAGCUUAUUGAAACAAGUGAAGUGAAUUUUUGUUUUUUGUCAGAACUCAUGACUUAAAGCACUUUCUAUGCCUUUUAAAGAUGUCUAUUGGGUAGCACAGCCUGGCGUUGGGAUCACGGUAUUCUUGCCUUACCGUGUGUAUGCUCGCUCUCUCUCUCUUAGCAAGUUUUAUGUUAUUUUUAUGUGAUUCAAACCCCAAAAAUACAGUAAAUAUUUUUAGUUUAUCAUAAUUUAAUUUUUUUUAGUCUACCUAAAAAAUUAAGGAUAUUAUUAAAGGUUUUAAACAAAUACAUAGGGUCAGAUUUUUCAUUCAAUGUAGCAAGACUUGGCUUGGAUAUCCUGUUGUUGCCCAGAGUCAGGGUGACCAUGUGGCUGGGCAGUGCUGCACUCUUCUGUGCCCUUAGUGACAGUUGUCCUGCUGGCUCACCCGAUGUGACCAUUGUGCUUUCAGGCCUGGGCAGCGCCUAGGUUCCAGGUCCUCCUCCCUUCAAUAGGACAACCAGCGAGGGCUCUAGCAAUGGCUCCAUGCUUCUACUGAACUGCUGGGCCUCACCUCCCAGUUGGCUAAGGACUGGCCCUACCUGUUCUUUGUUCGCUGCCCAGUGCUGCUUCUCCAGUUUUUAACAGUCUCCUACCCCUGAGUUUCUGAGCCCUUAAUCAAGUAUUAUGGCCCCAGCCAUACCACCCACCCACAGAGUCACCCUGCCUUUGGGUAGGAGUCUUAGCAGUAACCCAGUAUUUAUGGUGCUUCGGAAACCAGAAACAUUGAAUCAGACCAAUUACUAGUUGCAAUAUGGAUUUGCAUGUAAAGCUGUUUGUGCAACACCCCCCACCCCAAAACCCCAAAACUGUAUGACAUAUUGUUGUUUGCAGUGCCACCUCAAUGAAUAAAAAUACAAGGAGAGAUGGGAAA